GUAAGUAAAAGUGAUCAAGUAUGGAAGAUUUGGAUCCUAAAUAUACGAAGAAAUGCAGCACAAUUACUGUAUUUUCCACUGAAAGAGGAUUCUUUCGGGAAUUCUACGAAAGUGUUAAAGAAUCCUGUGGUGAAAAGUGGAUUAAAGGAGAAUUCGCAAAAAUUCACAGCAGUUCAGCCAAAUUGGUGGAACUCCUUGAAAAAGAUGAAUCUUCAGGACCAAUUUUGGGAACACUCGAACACGUAGCACCAGUCUUCAAGGGAAAGGACUUUCCUCUGGCGCUAAAGAAAUUCCAUGAAGGUGUUAGGAUGCUUCAGGAAGGAAAUCACAGAAAUGCAGCAAUUCUGUUGAGUCAAGCAAUCAUUAAAACUACUCAAGGUACGUCGGAAAAUGAAAAAAAGUUUCUCGCUGAGGCACUGUGGAAGCGCUCAGAGGCACUUAUUUGGCUGGAUGAGGGGGAAAAGGCAAUGCAGGAUAUGAAAUAUGCCAUAGAGAUGGGUUCACAGGUCAAACAAUCUCCAGAGUAUUUUUGGAGGAUGGCAAAGUGCUAUAUCAUUACAAAAGAUCUGAAGAAAGCUAGAGUGUCUCUAGGACUGGCAGAAAAACUCUUGAAAAAUGAUCCAAAAAUCCAGGAAAAAAUUGAGAAGGAAAAGGAAGAACUUGAAAUAUUGGAAAACAUGAAAAACAUCAAAAUUCCAGAAAAAAACGUCUAUCUUAAUACUUUGGAAAUGAGAAAAGAAUACCUUAAAAUCCCUGAUGGAUCAUCGGAAAAACUUCAACUCACCACAGGUGCAAAAACAGGAAACUUCUUUGUAGCAUCUGCAGAUAUAAAUCCAGGAGAGGACGUAAUGUGUGAAUCACCAGUUGCAGUUAGUUUGCUACCUGAAUUCUUUGGUAGUCACUGCCUCCACUGCUUGACGCGUUUGGUAGCACCAAUUGCCUGUGCAAAUUGUUGUUCAGUUGCAUUUUGUUCUCAGGAAUGCCGAAAGGAAGCCUGUUCUUCCUACCACCAAUUUGAGUGCCAAUAUCUAGAUCUUCUUAUCGGCUCUGGAAUGUCGGCUCUAAGCUUCCUAGCUCUACGAAUAGUAACUGCUGCUGGAAAUUAUGAAAAAGCAGUCGAGUCUACGAAAGAUCUUCUUGAGGGCCUAUGUCGGCAUAGUGAAAAACGUACAGGGGAUGAUUAUUUACAACGCAGCCUUAUGGCUAUUUUUCAAAUGCGCAUCCUCCAAAAAAGUGGCUUCUUCGGCAGGAGAACCACUGAAAGUGUGAAUCCGACAACAAAAGAGCUUAAAACGGCCGAGAUUAUUCUCAAUCUUCUUGAGGCGCUUCAGUUUAAUGCUCAUGAAAUUUAUGAGACACUCCUUGGAACUAAUCACAUUGUUGGUUCCAAGGAAUCGUAUAUAGGUGUUGCGGUUUACAGAAAAGCUUCUCUCUUUAAUCAUGACUGCUUCCCUUCAGUGGCUAGAUACUUUUCAGGCAACAAACUAAGAUUAACAGCCCUACGAUCGAUUGCAUCUGGUCAGGCAGUUACUGAAAACUACGGACCAGUCUUCACGAAGCAAAACUUACUGCAGCGUCAAAGGAAUCUCCGAUCACGCUACUGGUUUCACUGCGAAUGCCUCAGUUGUCGUGAAGAUUGGCAAAAGUUGGAGGAUCUAUCCAAUAAAUGCCGAAUUAAAUGUCCUACAGAUAAAUGCGACAAAGCCUUCUACUUUCCUGAUAAUCCAGAAAGGCAGAUUAAGUGUACUCGCUGUAAGAAUCACGUAACGCUCUUGGGGAAUGUGAAACUCGUCAGGGAAGCUGAGGAAUUGUAUAGAAGAGCAGCGGAAGCAUUAGAUAAGAAUGAAAUCAAUGCUGCAGCUGAUUUAUUUGAAGAAGGAAUUAAACUAUUCUUCACCGUGGGAAUUCCUCCUCAUAAAGAUACCCAUAUUGCUAUGGAAUCUUUAAGAAUUUGUUACUCCCUGAGGGGAAAUGUUUAUAAGAAAUGAAAUUUUUAAAUAAAGCUUCGUAAUACAGUGAAGAUCUCGUAUAAAAUAAAA